AUGUCUAUGGACACCGGCCUCCUCCUCCUGCUCCUCCUGAGCUGUGCCGCCGUCUAUGCCCACAACCCACCCAACCGUCCUGAUCCUAAAGAUGUCGUGAAGCCUGGGCGGUGUAAACCUCCCACCACGAUGUGCAGCUACCCGGCCCGGCGGGGGGACUGUAGAGGUGACGGGGAGUGUCCCGGGAACCUGAAGUGCUGCAUCUCCAAAUGUGUCUACCAAUGUGUGAAACCUGAAAGGUCUGUAGACCCUCCGAGGCCCGGACCACCUUUCCCGGGGAGGGAGGUUUGUCCGAAGGUCCCCAGGAUAGCGUGUAUGCAGCCGUGGCUGAAACCAGAUUGCCGGGACGACCGUGAAUGCCGCAAACACCAAAAGUGCUGCGACACCCCCUGCGUCAAACGCUGCACGAACGUCUGA